UUCUGGGAGCACCCGGAAGCACACGUGGCCUUAACCACCGCGUGCUUGGGAGGCUCCGCCACACAGUUCCUGGCUGUGCAGCUGACGAGAGUUUCUCAGACCUUUCGGAGUGGGAUUGUGGAAUUGUUCACAGAGUGGGAGAAAGUUCUCAGCAAUGGCGAUGGCACUGGCAAUGCUCCGUGACUGGUGCAGGUGGAUGGGCGUGAAUGCACAUCGUUCCCUGCUCAUCCUGGGCAUCCCUGACGACUGCGGGGAAGAGGAAUUCCAGAAGGCCGUGCACGCUGCCCUGUGGCCCCUGGGCGGAUACCGAGUGCUGGGCAAAGUGUUCAGAAAGGAGCUCGGAUCCAGGGUCGCCUUGGUCGAGUUUGCUCAGUAUUUAAACCGAAGUUUAAUCCCCCAACAAAUACCGGGCAAGGGAGGACCCUGGCCUGUGGUCUUUCUGCCCCAGGCCCCUGAUUCAGAGUCACAGGAUAGACCAGAUUUCCCUGCAGAACCCCAGAGGCAGGCAGGGGCCGCAGGUGAGGCAGGAGCUGAAGGUGAGGAAGGAGCUGGGGGCGAAGAGAGAGCUGAAGGUGUGGCAGGAGCUGCAGGUGAGGAAGGACGCGAAGGUGAGGAAGAAGCUGCAGGGGACGCAGGAGCCGCAGGUGUGGCAGGAGCAGAAGAGGAAGGAGGAGUGUCAGAUGAGGAGGGCGCUGCAGGCGUGGCAGGAGCCGCAGGUGAGGAAGGAGCUGUAGGUGUGGCAGGAGCCGCGGGUGUGGCAGGAGCAGAAGACGAAGGGGCACUGUCAGAUGAGGAGGGAGCCUCAGGUGACACAGGAAUCGCAGGUGUGGCAGGAUCCGUGAGUAUGGCAGGAGCGGCAGGUGAGGCAGGCGCUGCGAGCGAGGAAGGAGCUGUGGGUGUGUCAGGAGUCAUAGAUGAGGGAGGAUCCUGGACCCAGCAACGGAAUCAGGCCCAGCAGCCUGUGCCUGAGAACAUGGCCUAUGGGGAACUGAGAACCUUUUCCGGGCUGGAAGAGCCAGACCAAGAGGAAGAGUCCUUUGAGAGCUGGCUGGACCAUGCCAACGACAUGCUGUACACGUGGCGCCACGUGUCAGAAAGGGAGAGGAGGCGGCAGCUGGUGGAAAGCUUGGGCGGCCCCGCGCUGGAUCUCCUGUGCGGCCUCCUGGCGGAAAACCCCGACAUGCCUGCGCAGGAUUGCCUGGCCGCGCUGGUACAGGCGUUUGGGGACAAGGACACCCGCGUGACUGCACGGCUGAAGUUCCUGACUUGUGCUCAGCGGCCCCGGGAGACUCUCUUUGCCUAUGUGAUGCGCCUGGAAGGCCUGCUGCAGUCGGCCGUGGAGAAGGGGGCCUUCCAUCCUGUCAUCGCAGACCAGGUUCGCGCCAGGCAGGUGCUGAUGCGGGCCCGCCCGAACGAGAUGCUCCAGAACAAGCUGAGGAGGAUGCGGCUGGAGAGGAGACCACCUGGCUUCGUGGGGAUGCUGCGGCUCAUUCGGGAGACUGAGGCAUGGGAGGCCCGCCCAGCUAGGGGUGAGCAGUUCCAAGCGGCAGAAGGGGCCUCUGUGGACAUUGGCGGGAUGGCCGGCGCUCAGGCUGCCCCCGCCAGUGAAGAGGUUGCCGAAGCCUCCGCAGCCAAUGAAGAUGCUUUCCGGGCCGCCCCGGCUCUUGAAGUCAUCACCGAGGGCACCCCUGCCGGUGCAGAUGAAACCGAGACCUCCCCAGCCAAUGAAGAUGCUUUCCGGGCCGCCCCGGCUCUUGAAGUCAUCACCGAGGGCACCCCUGCCAGUGCAGAUGAAACCGAGGCCUCCCCAGCCAAGGAAGAUGCUUUCCGGGCCGCUGGGGCUCUUGAAGUCAUCACCGAGGGCACCCCUGCCGGUGCAGAUGAAACCGAGACCUCCCCAGCCAAUGAAGAUGCUUUCCGGGCCGCCCCGGCUCUUGAAGUCAUCACCGAGGGCACCCCUGCCGGUGCAGAUGAAACCGAGACCUCCCCAGCCAAUGAAGAUGCUUUCCGGGCCGCCCCGGCUCUUGAAGUCAUCACCGAGGGCACCCCUGCCGGCGCAGAUGAAACCAAGGCCUCCCCAGCCAAUGAGGAUACUGCCAAGCCUGGCCCAGCCAACGUGGAGGCCAGUGAGGCAGUUCCUGGCACUGCCGAAGCUGGUAGGGCUGCUCCUGAACCCUACGAUGCUGCCAAGGCUGCCCCUGCCCCUCAGGAGGUCUCCAAGGUCUUCCUUGCCACUCAGGAAGAUGAAAAUGCUCCCACUUCUGUGGGCCUAGGUCAGGCAAGAGCUUCAGAGGCCCCUGGGGGCCCCACCCCUGCCCUGAUGGGCAGUGCUUCCAGGGUGGGCCCAGGAGGUCCUGGCUGUGAGCCAGAGGGCCUCGCUCAGGCAGGAGAGCAGGAGGCUGGGGAGCCCCCCGAGGAGGGGCUCGAGCCCAUCUCAGAGGAGUCGGGAAAAGAGGAUGGGGCUGGGGAGACUCUCCCCAAGUCCUCCUCAGGCAAAUAGGCUCAGAAGUCCCAGGCCCCCCCCCACCUCCUCUCAGGCAGCAGAGCGCUGGAGGCAGGGGGAGGCCAUGCCAGGGCAGCAGCCUCCCUUCACGUGGGGAGUAGGGUGGAGGGAACCCACUUAGCCCAAACAAAUUGCCAGGAUCCCACUUACCCAAGGCACCCUAACCACCACCAUUAGCCCUUCCAACUGACCAAGAUGACCAUGCUUGACACCAAAUGGGGUAGGGAAAGCUGCCUCCCCACCCAUGCCAGUUUCACACCCAGCCCCAGCUCAAUCCAUGCCACCUCAGGCAGCCAAGUCCCCGGGCACUCCACCACCCCUAAGGGGACCUGAACACCACCAUCAGCCCUUCCAAGUGAUUAAAAUGACCAUACUUGACACCAAAUGGGUCAGGGAGAGGUGUCCCCCCACCACCCAUUCAGCACCACACCUAGCCCCAGCCCCAGCCCAUGCCAACUCGGGCAGCCAGCCUGGGAAACACCCCUGAGUGGCUGGCCCUAGCCUAGGUGAGGGGCACCUGAAGCCAUCUGCCACCCACACUGGACUGGGAGAUGUUAGGGGCCAUUUUAAAGGUGCCAGCCUCUUGGGUCUCCCAAGAGAGAGACCCUCAUUUACUUCCCCCGGGGCACGUUGCUCCAUGUUCCAGGAAGCCCGCUUGUGUCUCUGUAGGGCCCUUUGUGACCCACGUGUCCAGUUACUCCCCCUCCCCGCUAGUUACCAUUCCUGUGCAGAGCCUUGAGGUGUGCAGGAGCCUG